UAUAAAUGUGGUAAAACAAGAAUGAGUGCCACAUUAUUAAAAAAUUCAGAACUACAAUUUGGUGCAACGACUUUCUUUGCAAAGGAACACAAAGGUGAAACCUGCGGUAGUAAUGGCCUUCCGUUAACUCCCAAUUCUAUAAUAAUAUAUGGGAAAGCACAAAAAUUGAAGCUGUUCAAACAUCCAAAUUUAUGUACCUACCUCGAUAUUAUUCGUGGAAAGCACGAGAGAACUGUGAUUGUGUCGCAAUAUUGUGGGGUCCCAUUAUCAAAUUAUUUAAAUAAAGAGGAAUUUUCGUUUGAAGAUAUAACAAAAAUUGCCUAUCAGAUAUUUUUGGCACUAAAUUAUAUCCAUGAAAAAAAAAUUGUACAUCGUUCCUUAAGUACUGAAAACAUAUUAGUCCAAGAGAAGAAUAAUAUUAAACUGUUUAAUUAUGGUUUAUUUUAUAUGACCGAUAAUGGAAAAUUGGUUUCAUUUCCAAUCAUCCAACUCAUUUACGCAGCACCAGAAGUUUAUUUGGAUGGCCCUAAUGGAAAUCUAUCAAAUCCAAAAGUGGACGUUUGGUCAGCAGGCAUAGUACUAGCCGAAUUAGUUCUUAAUAAACCUCUAUGGCAGUCAUUAAAAGUUGGACAACGUAUACGUAAGGUUCUAAGCUUAGUACAAGGAAAUACUUCAAUAUUCGAGCGUAUUGCCAGGGAGCAUAACUGUUAUGAGAAGUAUCUGUCUGUUCCGGAUGAUUUAAAACAGGUCAUUGAGGAUUGCCUCAAUAUUAUGCCAUGUGAUCGUCCGACAGUUGACACAGUAUUAAAAAACGAAUUGUUCGCGCACUUCAAAACUGUAAAUCAAACGAACAGGAGCAAAAUAUGUGAACCAUUUGAGCAGUUUACUAUCGAAGAAUUAUAUCAUUGGUGGCAAUUAGCUGGAGGUGAUGUACUACUGGAAUUAAAAAAACAAGGCUUGAUUAGAUCCAGCCCGCCCAUAUUAUCUUUACCGCAAAUGGUGCUUAUUGAUGGUUCAAUAUUAGGCCAAGAAAGAAAUCCAGCAACAUUGUAUGAUUCUAGGAUAAUACAAAUGCCAUUAGAGGGGCUUUAUCAGCGUUUUGAACAUAUACCUCUAAACUGUUACUAUCCACUUAUACAUUCCAAAUCGGAGAUUCUUUCAAAGGCGGACGAUUCAUCAUAUAAUGCAGAAAAGUUACCUUUAGUUAUAAGGGAAAAAGACCCAGAGCAUCAGUUCCACAGAGUUAUUUUACUACGGAGAUUGUUACAUGGAUAUCCGUACACAAGAGAUCUUAUUAUUGCUGAAUCAAUUAAAGAUAUUCCACCAUUAUUACGAGGUCAAAUUUGGGCAGCUCUGUUAAACGUUAGAGGAGAUUAUCAGCAAGAGUAUAUAAAAAUAGAUAAAGAAACGCCAACUGCAACAGACCGCCAGAUUGAAGUAGACAUCCCCAGGUGUCAUCAAUACAACGAGCUGCUUUCUUCUAGUGAGGGACAUAGGAAAUUGAAACGUAUUCUAAAAGCGUGGAUAUAUAAAAAUUCGCAGUAUGUGUAUUGGCAGGGUUUAGAUUCAUUAACUGCUCCUUUUCUGUUUCUGAAUUUCAACGACGAAGCGAAAGCAUUUGCUUGUCUAUCAAAUUUUAUACCAAAAUAUUUACACAAUUUUUUUCUGAGGGAUAACUCUGCUAUUAUACAGGAGUAUUUAUCCAAGUUUUCUCAACUAAUUGCAUUUCAAGAUCCGGUUUUAGCCAAUCAUUUAGAAAGUAUCAAUUUUAUUCCAGAAUUAUUCGCAAUUCCAUGGUUUUUAACAAUGUUUUCCCAUGUUUUUCCAUUGCAUAAAAUUUUUCAUUUAUGGGAUAAACUCAUAUUGGGAGACUCGUCAUUUCCCUUACAUGUAGGAUUGUCGAUUUUAACUCAGUUGAGGGAAACAUUGCUCGCGUCUGGAUUUAAUGAAUGCAUAUUAUUAUUUUCUGAUUUACCAGAAGUGGAUAUGGAGCAGUGUGUUAACUUUUCACUUGACACGUAUAGUACUACACCGAAAAGUAUUACUGCACGUACACAACAAAGUGAAAAAUCUCCAUAUAUCGCCACAAUGGAUAUUCCUGUACAGGAUUUAAACAAAGAAAAAUUCCCAAGAAUAAGUGUAGAUGAUGUCGUAAGUUUAAUACGAGAUGACAAUGACAGGGCUAUAAUUGUAGACAUACGAAAUCCCACACAUUAUGCGAGAUCUUCAGUUAAAGGAAGCAUAAACAUUCCUUGCUCUAGCAUUACAUUUGGUGAAAUAAAUAUUGAAAAUGUUGGAAUACAUAGUUCAUUAUUGAAAAAGAAUAAAGACAAAAUAGUGGUCGUUAUUGGAUCAGAAGAAGCAAACCUAGAUAUUUUUCCCAAAUUUUUAAUACAUUGUCACAUUCCAAAGGUAUGUGUGUUACAUGGUGGAUUCAAUGUGCUCUUGCCGAUUACACCUACCGUUUUAAUACAGAAUCAAAUUUAAAGAAAUAAUCACUUUUUGGAUUAAAGCUAUAAUCCCCAUAGCUCAAUUACUGAUGGAACAACUUAAAAAAUAAGUGGACUAUGGGUGUACCUUUUAUAGUUGAAAAAAAUAAUUUUUAUCUGUC